GAAUUAAUAAUUAUGUGUAAGAAGAAGAAUCACGUGUCAAACCAUUGAAGUUUGAUUUGUGCAAUGUUUUUAAAAAGAACUUUAUAAAAUUGUAUAGAAAUGGCAAAAAAAGAAAGUAAAGUGGACAAAAAUUUGUCAGCAACACAAAAUAAAGUGAAAGCAAAAAAACGAAAGCAUGUCUCAAAAGAUAAUGACGAAGAAGUAGCCAGCAAGAGCUUAAUUGUUGAAGCAAUCGAAGAGUCUGCGGGGGAUAAAAAAGCGUUAAAACGUAAACAUAAAGAGAAGGGUAGUAUUAAAGAAAAACGCAGCAAAACUGCAAACGGGCAGGAUAGUGGUGAUGACGCAGGCGACAACGAUGCGGAUGCAGAAGAAGCACAGGAACCCACCUUGCAGGAGUUGCACGAGAGUGAAAAACCGGAAAAUCUGAAUGCUAUAGUAACUGUGCGUCAAAAGAAGAAACAAAAGCACAAACAACGGCUCGAAUUGCAGAAAGAUCAAACAGAAAGCAAGGAACGUUAUCGUAACGAAGAGUACCUACGUAAGUGGAAGAACUCGCGAUCAGAGUGGAAAUUUGAAAAAUUACGACAGAUUUCAAUACAGCAAACCGUAUUUGAUGAAGAUAAAAUCGGUGCAGAGAUGUGGCCCAUCGCUCUCGAAUACUUGUCAGGCUCGAAGGGUGCAGCUAAGGCGCAAAUUAUUAAAUUAGCUGAACAGUGCAUUGAGGCGCUUGAUAAACAAUGCGGUGAGGAAAUUAGUGAAGAAGAGCAAAAAGCUAUUUACGAUUCGUCAAAAUAUCAGCGGGCACGUGAUUUGCUGCAAAGUUUCGAUUAACAAUUGGGGCAGACGAAUUAACUUAAAAAAAUGAACAUAUGCUUUGUAGUAUGUAAAUUUUAGAGGAAUUAAGUUUAUAAAAUUUUAUUUUAUUACAAAAUGGUUUAUUUUGCUUUAGAAUUUAUUUUAUUUCUAUUUUUUUAACUUUAUUUUUAACGUACAAAUCUUAAAUAUAAAUUUGUUAAAAUUAACUAUACAAAAUUACAAGUCCACAUAUGCCAGUAUGUUAUCAACAUA